GAUUGAAAAUAGUAAACAGGAAGUGGCACAUGUGUGUAAGGGAAGUUGUGAGAAUCAGGGAUGUCUACUCUACACAUCCCUUGGUGAAUUGAAAGGAAAUGGAGACUGAAGAUCAGCAAAACGCCGUCGUCAAUGACAUUGAUAUGAUGAAGGAUGUGUGUGAACUACUGAUGCACGACAGUGAGACCUUGGUAUAUGCAGACCAGACAGAGUCAACGGCUGUGGAGUGGUUCAAGUCCUUGGCCCUCAACAUCCAGAAUCAGAAUGACGAGAGCAGUCUGCUACAGCCUUACCUGGUGACCGUUCUCAGGGACUACCUCCUGGCACACGCUUGGACAAACAGUCUUACUGUGCUCCGUCUCCUUGGCGAUGACCCAACUCACUCUGCUAUAUCUCUGUGGAAGGUAGGAAUGGAGAUCAUGUAUUCCAACCCAGACAAGAACAAUGGCCUCAUUGAGCAUUAUGUGAGAAAAUUGAAAGGAAUGUCUGAUCUAGAACUUAAAGAAGUUGUACUGGAGUAUGUGAUGUAUUUACUACACAAGGGAGAACUAGAGGAGGCCAAGCGAGCCAUGGUGGACAUACCGAAGAUAAGAGGGAUUAAGAAGUGUGACAAGUCAAAGUCUCAGUACAAGGACCUGGUGUUCACUGCCUACCAAGGACUUCUGUACUACACCCGAUGGAACCUGGACCGACAGCGCCUGGCCUCACACGCUACAGUCAUAGACGGGGACGACUUUGGACAAGGCCUGUACUAUUUCGACGGUGAAGAAGAUGCUCUGAAAGAUGGUGCCGAGAGAGCUCUCUCCUGUUUCUCUCAAUUAUACGAUCACCUUGGAGUCUGGGAUAUUUUCAUCACAAAACAUGUCAAGAUUCUGGAACACUAUUACAGACUGGAGGAGGCCAAGUCCAUACUGGAAAUGUACAGAGAUAAGAACAGUGAAAAUCCAAACACUCACAAGUACCUCUACUCUUUCUGUACGAAAUACAGCCUUGUAACCAGAGACUGUGACACUAAUCUCCUCAAGGCAGUCGCCGAUUGUGUGCCAUCAGACCGGCUGGUGAUGGACCUGUGUGACAGAUUCAUUGAAGACGGAAAUAUCUGUGACCUCCUCGUCUACAUAUUUGAGUUGAAGGAUUACAAAUGUUGGCAGAAUGACACCAGGUCCUGGAGAACUUUAUCUACAGCACUUCAGCUGGCAUUAGACAGUGAUAACAAGGACAUGAUUGUUGAGCACUGGGAACCUAGGGAGUCGUGGUGGCCCACGUUCCACUUUACCUACAUUGCUGAGGGCACAGCUGACCAAGGGGAUGGAACAGAUACCGAGGAGAUGUGGCUACAUCGAGCCUGCUGUGCUGUCCUGCUGACUGGACCAGAAAACAGUUUUGAACUCAGUGUGAGAAAUACGCUAAGUAGGGAACGGAUCCAACAGCUGAAUGAAGUAAUAGAAAAGGUCCUCACCUCUCCUGGAGUGACGUGAUGUCAAUCAACAGAUGAUCGAGAAACUACUCCCUGCUUGUCAGAUGGAGCGACAGAAAUCUACCAGACAACAGAUGACAGAGAAACUAUUCUCUACUUGUCUGAUAGUGUAGCAUAACACAAGGCAUCUGAUCACAGAGAAAACCCUUCUCAGCUUGCCAGAUGGAGCUUCAUGAUACCAGAUCAAGAGAUACCAGAUAGAGAAACUUGGUAGAGGGUAACAUAUUGCGUAGAAACCAGCAUCGUGAUACCAGAAAACAGAUUGAAGAGAAACCCUUUUCAGCUUGUUAAAUGGAGUUUCAUGACACUAGAUAAAGUAAAAUCAUUCAUGGGUUGUCAGAGAGUGUAAUGUAAUAGAUAACACAUUAUGAAGAAACCAUUCUCUACCGAUCAGAUGGAGCUACAUGAUAAGGGAUCAAGAGAAACCAUUCUUAGUCUACCAGAUAGUGAAACAAUAUAAUAGCAAACAAUACAAAGAAAACCGUUCUUCACUCAUGAAAUGACACUACAUGAUACCAGGCAACAUGUAGUGGAGAAACCUUGGAACCAUACAUAAUGUAGUGGUGACAGACGUUUAUACAUUGGGACCCUACUGUUGUCGAGGCUCACCUAACAUUUUACUUUCGCUGUGGAGUAAUUCUGUGAUUUUCGUGCAAUUAACAUCAACUGAUGUGUUUAAAAGUGUAUGAAAAUGAAUUACCUGGACCGAAAGUCAUGAAUCAAGCUAUUGUCAAAUGGCAAUAAAAAAUGUAUUUUUCUUUGAGACCAUGUUAAAUUUGGAACAAAUAUGUGAACUAUUGUACGAUAUUCACAAUUUGGACUGAAAUCUAAAUUCUUUUAUGAUCACAAACUUGACGGUUGAUGAUUACCUGGUAAGUAAUAGUAAUCAAUAUACCAUUUAAAUUGGGUUAUAUCAUAGCGAUUAGAAUCAAGUAAGAACCAUUUUCUUCUAAGCGAGACCUGUAAGAAUGACCAGUGAUAACACCGCCAUAAAUUAUAAACACUUUGAGGUAUAUACAUGUAUAUAAAUAUGUCCAGAUAUGGAUAAGCUUAAAUUCAAAGAUAUCUUGUAAUAUUGAAUACUUAUUUCUUUCUUUUGUUAUUUUUUCUCUGAAGAAAGAAACCAUGCAAGAUACAGCUAGACUUUGUUUUGUUUGUGAUGUAACAUCCUGGCAACAGUUAAUGCAAAUGGAAGUAUUCAAGGUUUUCUGUGGUGAUAUUAACAUUGGGUUAUGAUUGUAACCGUUUCCAUAUAGUAAAUGAAAUUGUGAUGCAACUAUUCAUUAAUUU